UACGCACUGUAACCAAUCCACACCUUGGCGCAAAUCUUGUGGACAUAUAGUAUGAUAAGAUUAUUUCUUCACUGACUGUUCUACAGCCAUGACGAAAGUCUUUAUCUUAAUUUGUGCUAUUGCAGUAGUUGCUUAUGCUGCCGUGGACAGUCCUGCGGAAACUCCAUUCAAAUGUGACCAGAACAGCGACUGCAACGUUAGCCAGUGUUGCUCAAAAACCCCGAGGUUCUUGGUAGUGAGCAAGAGACAGUUGUCUCCUCCACUCAGCAUGUUCAUCGCUGCAUCCUGCAACCCGUACCUUCAACUUAAUGAAUCAUGCAUUUACGUCAUGAAAGUGAAUGGCGACUGCGGCUGCGCACCGGAUCUUGUUUGCAAAUACUUCCCGGAAUUAGACGCAUUUAACCCUAUGAACGUACAUCUGCCUACACCCCCCGAACUGCAACUAACCGUAGCUCCAAGCAAGCGAAUGGCAAUUCCAGCAAGUCCCGAGUCUUAUAAAUGUGUACCCAAAGUACAAAAUACUUAAUAUUGAUACAAUGUGUUUAUACCAUAUCUAAAUACAAUUGGCAAUAAAUACACGAUAUCCCCAAUGUUAC